GCGCUCGCGCCGCUCAGCCAAUCAGAGCCUCCGAAGAGACCUCACCAAAACUACAUCAGCAGCAUCGGAGGAGCCGCAGCGCUGCAAGUCCCAGAAGCGACGAGUCGCAGUUGCGAGUUUGUGCGCAGCAGAAACAGGGAUCCGCGCUUUUUUCCAUCCACAUUAUCAUCUGCGUCGCAUCUGCCGGUUCGUGAAUCGGAGCGCCGGUGCAAAACGGGAGAAGAAGAAAGAAUGAGCGAGACGCAGACGGAAGUGAGGAGCAGGCACGCGGAGUGGCGCGCGGACGCGGACGGGGACGCGCCCCUCGCGGAGGAUGUCUUCGAUGACACGUACAGAGAGAAAGAGGGACCGAAGCCUCCGAUGCAGAUCGUGUGGAGGAACGUGAUUCUCAUGUCCCUGCUGCAUGUGGGCGCUGCGUACGGGUUCUUCGUCAUCCCCUCCGCCACGGCGAUGACCUUGGCCUGGUCCUUGCUGUGCUUUUUCUUAAGUGCUUUAGGGGUAACGGCCGGAGCCCAUCGAUUAUGGAGCCACAGGUCCUACAAGGCCUCUCUACCUCUGCGAAUCUUCCUGGCCAUCGCCAAUUCCAUGGCUUUCCAGAAUGACAUUUUUGAGUGGGCUCGGGACCACAGAGUUCACCACAAGUACUCGGAGACGGAUGCCGACCCGCACAAUGCCAGCCGGGGGUUCUUCUUCGCCCACAUCGGGUGGCUCCUAGUUCGCAAGCAUCCCGAUGUGAUCGAGAAAGGCCAGAAGCUGGAGUUCAGCGACCUGAAGGAGGACAAAGUGGUCAUGUUUCAGCGAAAGUACUACAAGCCUUCUGUGCUCCUCAUGUGUUUCUGCAUGCCAAUGAUGGUGCCCUGGUGCCUGUGGGGGGAGUCCCUGUGGGUGGGCUACUUCGUCCCCGGGUUGCUGAGGUACGCGCUGGUGCUCAAUGCCACCUGGCUGGUGAACAGUGCUGCCCACAUGUGGGGUAACAGACCGUAUGACAAGAACAUCAACCCCAGGGAGAACAAGUUCGUCACCUUCAGCGCCAUCGGCGAGGGGUUCCACAACUACCACCACACCUUCCCAUACGACUACGCGACGAGCGAGUUCGGCUGCAAGCUCAACCUCACCACCUGCUUCAUCGACUUAAUGUGCUUCCUGGGCCUGGCGAAGGAGUGCAAGACUGUUUCCCGCGAGGCCAUCGUGGCCCGGGUGCAGCGCACCGGCGACGGCAGCCACAGGAGUGGUUAAAGGUGUCACCGCGGUACGAGCGCUUGGAGAAGGAGCGUUGGAGAACGAGGAAAAGAAAAGCCUUUAUGAUUUUGUUUUUUUUCCCUUUUUUUUUUUUUCUUUUUCUUUGCCUUUGGAGGGGAGGGAGAUGCUUUUCUGUUGUGUGGCUAUAAUUGCAGCUUCACAUCCUUUUGUGAGACACAUUUCCAGAGUUGUUGAAAUUAAUCUUAGCUUUAAACACACCUGGAGUUCUCUGUAAUAUACGUUUAAUUUUCUCCUUAAGUGCAGUAGCAGGACCUGACUGAGGGGUGUAAAGAAAUCCACCUUGAGCCAAAGCUCUUAACGGAGCGGCGGGCGACACUUUCGCACCCAAGACUCCGCAAGUGGCGUCGCAGACGGAUCGCGUUGUUCUUGUGCGUCGCAUCGGCAAUAUACCGCAUUUCUCAAGCUGCGGCCGAGCUUCACGGGAACAAUUAAACGAGACGAGGGACUAAAGUUAGACGCAAAACUAUGACCUUACCGCGGUACCUUGUCUUUCUAACUUCAAGUUUUCUUGUUACGUUCAUUUCAUCAUGUGGGUCCCGUGAAGCGAAACACUAAAGGGAUUUGGGCUCUUUUCCUUGUUGAGGCAUAAUACUUGAUCCUACUGUGUCAUAAUAGGAUUUUCCAACUAAUUUUGACUGGUAAGCACACUUGAUAGGAGUGUAAGAGCACCUUAAGAGCUUAGAAAAGCCUAAUUUAAAUUAAUACUGUGUAUUUAUUAGAGCACCGUUGCCAUCGAUCUUUCAUUAAUGUCACUGUAGUUUAACAGUGAAAUACUUAGAAUAAACAGGAUAAACUGUUUGUCGAGCAGUGUUUUUAUGGCGUUGAGAGGAACCUAAUGCUAAUAGUUUUAACAGGCCGGAUGAGAGAGGCGGUCCGGUCGCACCUGACGCAGCACCUAAGGGCGGCGUGGAGCCGCCGGACGAGCCUUGCGCCACGCAGGUAUACAUAAACAGCAGGAAGAUACCCUGGAAAGCACAAGGGCGCAGUCACAUCUGGGAUUUUACCAGGGUUACACAAACAUGGUACUCGCUUCUCUGAAUCAUCGCUGAAAGAGACAACAUUUACACAUUUUAAGUGCUUCAUUUGCGACUCGCAGCGAUUCCGGCGGAAACGUUCAGUUGGUGAACAGAAUUCCGAUCUGCAGCUUCCUUCGACGCGUAAUUCGUUUACUGUGAGGUACAAAUGAUGCGCUCGCGGUCCCGCCUCCCAUGUCGUACGAGCUGAUGAUCAACAUGUGCUGCUGCUGCUGCUCGUAAACCGGGAAAUGAAUGACGAGAGAAGGAAUUUUGCAAGGAGGGACCCAAAGUAAAAGUGACUUUUACCAAAGUGUGGGAAGCGAACAUCUGAAGAUACCAAUCAAGAAAGUGAAAUUGUGCACUGUGUACUUUUAGAAAUUUGACUAUGUACCCCUAUUUUUUUGGAAAAUGUAUUCAUUGAGAACGUUAAACCCUUUUAUACCUUUUCCUUGCUUGUCGUUUGAGUAAAUUUCAUGUAACGGUGUCAGCAUUUUACUAAAAUUACUGAGCCUCUCGACAUAUCAUCAUGGAGGUGGAAUGAGAAUUUGCACUAAGCCUCACAGUUUUGGCAUUUUUGGCUCCGAAGUGGUUUAAAGCAGGCCUUUUUUUUUUUUUUUUUUUUUUUUUUUUUCUUCGUCUGGAGUCCAGAACAUCUGCACUGCGAGGUCUCCACAGCUUAGCCUAUUACUGCUGUUCAAGUAUAAUUGUUUUUAAAAAAGCCAGUGGUAUGACCGAGGCCAAUGAGUAAUCCAAGGUUAAAUACCUUCAUUACUUUGCCCAUCAGUAGUCAGGCCCUCGUCGAUGUGCACGACAGUUAGUAUUCAAGAAUUGCGCAGCUUGCAGAAAAACGUGUGUUAUUUUCUUUGUUGGCUGUCUUAUUCUUUUUUUGUUAUACCGUAGAUGAUGUUUGAUUUUCCGUGGACAAAUGAUUUUAGCUUACUGGGUAUGUGGCUUGGCCACCUGUGGCCUGUAACAUCCUCUCCGCUAUAAAAAUUAGAGCUUGCCGAGAGUUCCCAGGGCUUUGAGAAAAAAUAGCCUUGACAUACCAUGAAAUAAAGGGUAUUUGUGUCCAGUCGCCUGCCGGUGCCAUUUCUGUUCCUAUAGAGGGAUGGAGACAAGUCCAAUUGAAACGUUGCUUUUUCGAUCUCGAUUUUGCAUCGUUCUCUUUGUGAACGCGGCGGAGAUCCGGAGCAGCUUUAACACUGUCUCUAAAGGCCUACACGAAUAGCAUCAGGUUGGCCGAUGCCUUAGAACUUCCAUUCCUGACCCUGUAUCUGCACCCCAACAGUGUCGCAAGGCUCUUUUUAACGGAGGUGAGAAUUCAUGCUCCGAACUGGAAACGGAAACGCACUGUAGUUAUGAGUUAUGAGGAGCGGAGUGUUCUCGGACCAGCUCUUUCUGUGGUAAAAUGGACAGGUGCGCCGGGCUCCAGCUAUAAAUAAGGACAGGAUUGGCAAUUGCGCUAAAAACUUUGAAACAAAAAAAGGUGCUUUAUCGAGAUAUGUCUUAACUGGAGGCGAGCGCUGCGUUUAGCACUUCUUGAGCUCCAGAAUGACGACGCGACGUUCAUACAUCCCUCUUGGUCGGUCAUCCAACAGAAACGUUUGUAUUGUGUUCUACUGAGGGAAGGAAAUUUAUUUAUAAUUGCAAGCAUGUUAAAAUGUGUACUGUAGUUCUGAACUAAAAUUCAGAAGUAUUUUGAACUAAACAAUAAACUUGUAAUUAAAUGAAUUACUGUUCUUCUACAGUUUGCAGUGCAAUUAUUUUCCAGUGUUCUUGAAUUCUGAAUGCCUUAAAGAUUUGUUUGGCACAUUUUGCAAGGAAUGUUGUAUUAAUUGUAAAUUUAGCAAAUUUUAUACUAGGUGGGAAAGACACUGUGUCUUUGUGCUUGUGUUACAAUGGCACAGUAUUUCUUUUUUAAAACAAAUAAAAGAAUUGUCCCAAAUACUGUCUAUUUUUCU